AUGAUCGCUGGAUCUUGGUUCCCGCAUUUUCUUUUAUAUAAACUGGGCAUCUAUAAAGCUUCCCCUGUCUGCCCACGCGUGGUCUUUUGCUCUCCUUCUUUUUCCUCAUCUCUUCAAUAUCUCGUUCGCACUGUCGCAAUUUAUUCCACUUCUUCCACAUCAGAACAAACUAAAAACUCCUCAUCACAACCAUCAAUUCUCACUCCUAAAAUGCCUUCUGCUUCCUCUGCACCUCCUGCUGCCGCCGCAGCCUCCUCUGCAGCCCCCUCCAGCCUGGGCAACAACAAAGGCAUCAAGUUCCAGAUCAAGACGGGUGGUGCUCGUUGGGAAUGCACUCUUCAGGAUCGCUCCCAGUACGAGCGCAUGAAGGUUCUACGCAGCGAUUCUGCCGAUUCAGUCGAUUCUAGCAACUCUUCUACGACCGAGUCAAAGUAA